CGGGGAGUGUUUCGUUUUUUUACUGAGUCACGGAAAAGUCGCAACCACGGUACCGCGGACGAGAAAAUUGCAAUUUUCCACCGUAUCAUGUGCAUCCAGCAGCAGAAUAGUGUAUGAAAAUCGGCCGUACCGUAGUGCAGUGUAAGGUCGGUUAGAUAAAUAUAUAUGUAUAUUAGUUAAUGAAGAGAAGAAAAAAGAACAGUUUCGCUGCGAGGAGAGAAGAAAAAACGAAGUGACGGCGUAAAGGUGACCAACUAGGCAGCCAGCUUUUGCACGGAGUGUGUCUGUGACCGAGAGAGAGAGAGAGAGAGCGAGGGAGCAGCCGUGGUUUUUUGGGUGGUAUAUCAGCACACACGGGUAAAACUGCAGAUAAUCGAUAAAUUGCUUCGUGCUUAGUGCUGGCUGCUAUUGCGGGAAGGCGAGCGUGAAAACGAGCGAGAGUUUUCAUCACGCUCACGCUCUCUCAUCGUCCGCCCAGAGAAAAAAGGGGAACGGCAGGAGAGGACGACGACGUUCGCUCAUAUCAUCCACGGGCGCGCCUACGACCAGCCAGCAAGCGGGAAGGGUGUGCGGUGCUUCCUCACAUUGCAACCCAACAGGCCGUGCUGCUGGCCCGCUGCGUCCGUGUAUCGUCACCGUCGAGUCGUCGCUGUGACAUGCGUGAGCUCGCCGUGUCGUGAGACGUGUGCGUGUGAGUGAGAGCGAGCGAGCAAGAGAGAGAGAGAGAGCGUGAAAAAGAAGGAAAGCUCGUAGUAAAAGAACGUGUGUGGAAGCGAGAGAGAGAGAGAGUGUGCGAACCACAGCAGGAAAUAACGCGCGUGUGUGCGUGUGUGUCUGUGCGGAAAACGGGAAAAUUUUUGCAUGAGUCCGUGACCAGCAGUCGGAAAAGCCUGGAGUUGUACUGUACGCGGACUAGCCCUUCGGUCUCCGGGACACUGUUUGCGAGUGUGUGUGUGUGCGCGCGCGUGUGUGUGUGAGAGAGGAGGAGGAAGAAGCGGAAAGGUGGAAAGGCGCUUUCCUGUUGCUCUUGCGUGCGGUUUGACGUGUCGAGGCAAGUAGAGUCGGUUCCGUGGUAGCACCCAAUUUCCCCCAAAGGCAGUCGGGAAAGCGCUUGGGUGAGGCACCAGCCAAGGAUCAUCGACUGGCUCGAACGCUUCCCAUAGCCAGACGGUCAGACCGAGCAGCAAACGCUCCGGCGUGAGAGAGAGAGAAAGAGAUACAGAGAGAAGUAAACCGAACCGCGAACACCGCUGAACGAUGAACGAGCUGGAGGCGCUGCGGCAGGAGGCGGAAACGCUGAAGAAUGCGAUCCGGGACGCGCGGAAGGCGGCCUGCGACACGUCGCUCGUCCAGGCGACGAACAAUCUCGAACCGAUCGGCCGGAUACAGAUGCGCACCCGGCGCACGCUCCGGGGCCAUCUGGCGAAGAUCUACGCGAUGCACUGGGGGAGCGACUCGCGCAACCUGGUGUCGGCCUCGCAGGACGGCAAGCUGAUCGUGUGGGACUCGCACACGACCAACAAGGUGCACGCGAUCCCGCUGCGCUCCUCCUGGGUGAUGACGUGCGCGUACGCCCCGUCCGGCAACUUUGUCGCGUGCGGCGGCCUGGACAACAUCUGCUCGAUCUACAAUCUGAAGACGCGCGAGGGCAACGUGCGCGUGUCGCGGGAGCUGCCCGGCCACACGGGCUACCUGUCCUGCUGCCGGUUCCUGGACGACAACCAGAUCGUGACGAGCUCGGGCGACAUGUCGUGCGGGCUGUGGGACAUCGAGACGGGCCAACAGUGCACCUCGUUCCUGGGGCACACCGGCGACGUGAUGGCGCUGUCGCUGUCGCCCCAGUGCCGGGUGUUUGUCUCCGGGGCGUGCGAUGCCUCCGCGAAGCUGUGGGACAUCCGCGAGGGCCAGUGCAAGCAGACGUUCCCGGGCCACGAGAGCGACAUCAAUGCGGUCACCUUCUUCCCGAAUGGGCACGCGUUUGCGACGGGCUCGGACGAUGCCACCUGCAGGCUGUUCGACAUUCGGGCCGACCAGGAGCUGGCCAUGUACUCGCACGACAACAUCAUCUGCGGCAUCACGUCCGUGGCGUUCUCGAAGUCGGGCCGGCUGCUGCUGGCGGGCUACGAUGACUUCAACUGCAACGUGUGGGACACGCUGAAGGCGGAACGGGCGGGCAUACUGGCCGGGCACGACAACCGCGUGUCCUGCUUAGGCGUAACCGAGAACGGAAUGGCGGUGGCGACAGGAUCCUGGGACUCGUUCCUGCGAGUAUGGAACUAAGUGUUGCGUAGUACACAGGUAGUAGCUGAGCUGAGAGCGUGGCGUGCACGGGCGCAGAUCGUGGACGGAGCAGCGCAGCAAGCGUUACAUGGGAAAGGGGAGCUGCCAUUUAGAUUAUUAAGCAUAAACACACACACACACGCGCACACAAACACACGCAUAUACAUGUAUACAUACAUACAUUAUAAAUAUAAAUGGUACGAGGUUUUUGAGUUCCAUCAUCACACACAAACUCUUAGUGGCGGGAAGAAAAAAAGCUUAGUGGCCGCUGAAGUUGACCUUGAAAGCUCUUUUUUAUAAACGCAACAGAAGAAGAAGAAAAAAACCCACAACAGUGAAUGAAGAAGAACCGCACAAACACACACGAUUUUCCAACUCAACACACACACAAGCACAAGCAUUCAACAAAAGCAAAGGCGAUCUUGACGAUACAAAACAAGUGGUCCCGGGUCCGCUCUAUGUACUAAGUAAUGGACUACACGCGUAUAAACACACAAACAGAGUUCAUAAUCAUUAUCAAAGCGAAGGACAUUAUCCAAUGUUUGCGUUUAAAUGCCAUUUACAAAAUCCUCAACAUACAAGUUGGUAAUAGGAAAGCGGAAGAAAAAAAAAUCAAAGCAAAUGUGUGUGUGUGUGUGUGUGUGUGUGUGUUUGAUCAUGAGUAAAAGAUGGCUAGUACAUGGGGUAGUACGGCAAAUGAACCAAAGUCAUGAUGAAUGUAGCAGUGCAGAGAAAUAAAUGUUCAUUCUACUAGCACAAGGCUUUCUCCCAGAUGCUUUUGGGCUGUAUCGAUCGCAACAAAAAACUGCUUUUUCGUUUGCAUUAUUGCAUUUUUCGGUUUAAUGUUUAUUACUCUCCCACCCUGUAAGAAUGCAAUGAACGGUUGCAGCAAUGGGUGUAAGACGACUUUUUUGCAGUUCGAUUGGUAUUAGGCACGCGCGCUGUAAACGUCGCCCGACGCGGUCCCAUGUAACGCCGAAAACCAAACCAAAAAAAACGUACUAAAUACUAAACUAACGCAUAACUAUACACACACAUACACAAACACACUCUCCUUCAAUACACAUACACGGACACGGACACAGAGAUAAGUUGUAGGGUAAGGGCAGGACCACACACACACACACAAACACACUCACGAUAGGGAAACGAUGCAGAGAGCUAUAGUACUAAUCUCCUAGCCAAGCAGCAACAGGCAGCAUUAGACGAAUCUUGGUUAGAUAAAUGGCAGAUAAACUACUACUAUUACUACUACUACUACUACUAUUAUUAUUAUGACUACUACUACACAGCAAACUACUAAACUAAACUCGCGCAAGCGUAUCCGUUUUGAUAGUGACCGGGUGUGACCGGCAAUGUGGCAAGCAACAAACCAACAAGUAGAAGCAACAAACAAACAAACAAAAAGAAAAAAGAAACAAAAACACACACACACAUGCAUACAUAUAUACUAAUAUUUGUCCCUGUAAUAUAUGAUCAUAAGCUAGUGAACCGGUAGUGACGAACACCGUGACGUUCAGGUUGGAAGCGUGGUAACAUUUAAGUAAUUGCAAAUAAACAAUUGAAACGCAGCAGCGUGUGUGUGUCGGGCGCACAAAACUCGGUAUGCAAAUUUUGAGGGCGUUUGAAAAUAAAACAAAGCAACAAAAAUAACGAACUCCUCCUUCUCACUCUAUCCAGCAUAAAGAAGUUCGAGGAGUUUGAAUGGUAACAUGAACAACACAAGUGAAGCAAAAUUAUGCUCUUUAUAGCAAAAGAAAGUGGUUUUGCUUUCUCCGUUCUCCCCCUCCCUCUCUUUUUACUAAGUUGUUGCCAUUUUGGGACAGACUACUAACAAAAAGUACUACUACCACUACUCGUCCGGGAGCAUCAUAAUAGUAAAGCAAGUUUGUGUUAUUCUUCGAUUUCUAACAUCACCAUUCCCAUGCAGCUUUUCAGCAAACGUAUCCCUCCCACCUCCCCCUCAUGUACACACACGCGCACAAGCACACUUUAUCUUUAAGAAAAGAGGUAACACUAAGAAAGGAGUAAGAAAUAAAUUCGAUCGAAACUUCAACAUUGAGAAAGCAAGCGAAGGAAACAAACAAGUAGUAAAUGGUAAAUGGAAAUCAACCAAGGAAAGAACAAAAGAUAGUAGUGGAAGCUUUUCAUUUGCCUGCUUUCUUGUUUGUGUACGGUGUUGUUUGUGGAGUUAAGCGUAGUUAAAACAGUACCGAAAUUCAUUGUUUUCCCUUCUCAUCAAACAUCGUCUCACAUAAUAACGGAAUGAUUAGAAAAAAAAGAAAGGAAAAAAAACAAACUCAAUAAUACUAAAGGGAUAUGUUUUUGAUCAGUUUGGAAGUUAGGUUUACGCAAUAGCAUCGCUUUGCACUAAGCUACUAACUAAACGGAGAGGCAACAACCAAUGAAAUAGAUGAACCAAAGUAACCGCAAACAAAAAACCGCGCAUAAAACAAUACAACAGACACUAACUCACAGCGCGACUGCUGCAUGGUGUACAUAAGAAGCACAAUCUUGGGCAUUAUAGAUCAUCGCUGGAACGUUCAUGUUCUUUUCUGUGCCACGCCACCAGUAUUAAAAGGCCAGCCAGUUGUUGUGCUAAACGCACGCUUUUCGGAAGGACAAAACGAGAGCGUUCGUUUGAAAAA